UAUCUGUUUCAGAAAACUGUGUGCGCAACGUUUGAACUUCCUGGUCGCAAAUUAGGCCCACGCCUCCACCAUGCCGACCAUUGCUGUUGAUAAAGCUGCCCUCUUCAAGGAACUGGGGCGAAAGUAUUCUACAGAGGAGUUCGACCAACUAUGCUUUGAGUUCGGCCUUGAACUGGACGAAGAUACCGAAAACUUGGAAAGACCGUUUGUAAAUGGAAAACAAGAACCUCCGCAACUGAAGAUUGAGGUCCCUGCGAAUCGAUAUGAUCUCCUCUGCAUCGAGGGCAUUGCUCUCAUGCUGAAUAUCUUCCGUGAACGAACUCUGUCGCCCGAGUAUCGCCUUGUUGCACCUUCAAAUGGAGAACUGGAAACGAUUAUCGUAAAAGAGGAGACGAUGAAAAUCCGCCCUUAUAUUUCGGGCGCCAUCCUUAGGAAUAUCCAUUUCGACCAAGCUCGAUAUGAAUCCUUCAUUGCUCUUCAGGACAAACUGCACCAAAACCUUGCCCGGCAAAGAACAUUGGUGGCCAUUGGAACGCAUGAUUUGGAUAAACUCAAGGGGCCGUUCACUUAUGAGGCUUUGCCUCCAAAGGAUAUCAGCUUCGUCCCUUUAAAUCAAACACGGAAGAUGAAUGGACAGGAGAUGAUGGAGUUCUAUGAGAAGGAUAAACACAUAGGGAAAUAUCUUCACAUUAUCCGGGAUUCUCCUGUAUAUCCCGUGAUUUAUGACUCAAACCGUGUAGUCUGUUCGCUACCACCAAUUAUCAAUGGCGACCACUCGAAAAUCACCUUAAACACCAAAAAUGUAUUCCUCGAGUAUACGGCAACUGAUAAGACUAAAGUUGAGAUUGUGAAUAAUAUCAUGGUUACUAUGUUCUCUCAAUAUACAUCAGAGCCCUUCACAGUGGAGCCUGUGAGAAUAGUAUCAGCGCACAACAACGAAACUCGCCAGACCCCCGAUCUAAGCCCUCGUCCUACCCAAGCUAGUAUAUCCUACAUUAACCAAUGCUGUGGUCUCUCCUUAUCCGCCGCAGAAAUUUGCAAUCUCCUAAAGCGCAUGUCCUAUUUUGCUGAGCCGUCCAAAACUUCCCCCGAUCUAGUCGAUGUUCGGGUCCCUGUAACCCGCGCAGACGUGCUCCAUCAAGCAGAUAUCAUGGAAGACGUUGCCAUCGCAUACGGUUUCAAUGAACUCCCGCGAUACUUCCCCAAUAUAUCUGGCACAAUCGCGCAACCCUUGCCCGUAAAUAAACUCACCGAUAUCAUCAGAACAGAGGCCGCGAUGGCCGGCUGGUCUGAAGUCAUGCCCCUUAUACUCUGCUCGCACGAUGAGAACUUCGCCUGGCUGAACCGCAAGGAUGAUGGGAAUACAGCCGUCAAGCUGGCGAAUCCCAAAACAGUAGAGUUUCAGGUUGUCCGCACGAGCCUGCUGCCGGGCCUUUUGAAGACAAUUGGAGAAAAUAAACAUCAUGCGAUCCCUAUGAAGAUCUUUGAGGUCAGUGAUGUUGCAUUCAAGGAUGUUUCGCGUGAGCGUAAGAGUACGAACGAGAGACAUUUCGCGGCGGCCUGGUAUGGGAAGACCAGUGGGUUCGAGAUUGUACAUGGGUUGCUCGAUAGGAUUAUGGCUAUGCUGAAGACUGCGUUUACUAUUGGGGAAGAAGGGUUGGAUAAUCCGGCUAUGGGGAACGCGUCGUAUUGGAUUGAAGAGUUGGACGAUCCGACAUAUUUCACUGGCCAUGCAGCCUCAGUACACGUCCGAAUUUCCGGAAAGGAUCAUGUCAUUGGAUCCUUUGGUAUUCUGCACCCGACGGUGCUGGGGAAGUUCGAUUUGAAAUAUCCCGUCAGCACGCUGGAGAUCAACAUUGAGACUUUCCUAUGAUACGGGAAUAAUUAAUAUCCCUUGUGUUCCCUACCUUUUAUUCUCCUUACGCUCGAGAAAUUCAAAUGUUAUUGAGCCGGGUUAGAGUUCGUCGGAGCUGGCAAAGCAUAUCAAUCGAUAAGUCACUUUUCUUGAUGUGCUAUGGAUUUGUUUGUCGGUAUGAAUGAUGAUUUUGGAGAAGGAAAAAGAAACACUGGGCGUCUGGCAUCAUUCAAAAUUAUUAAGUCGCAUUGCACAGGUAUAGUUAGAGCUGGGACGAAGAAAUGGAGAUGAAUGCAUUAUUAGGCUUGUUAAACCAUUUCUUUAGAUUGGUUUCCUUGGUGUCACAAAUAUGGGCGUUGAUUUAACUGUAGGCGUAAUAUGCCAAGCAUUCAUGCUCCUCUACACACCAAGGUAGGAAAAAUACAUCUAUCGCAAAAGAUUUCGCGUGUACUUUUUGACCCACCUACUUUUUUUUUCCGAUUCUCUCUCAUCUUAUUUGCAAUCAAGUUGUCGUAGGGAGGCCGCACAUCCACCACAUACAUGCUUAGAUGCUUAGAAGGAAAAAAGGAGUUCUCCAUGUACCUCAACAGAAUCAUCAGAUAGAAAAGAAAGAAAUGGGAAACUUAAUUGAACAAAAGGGAGGAAGGAAAAUAACAUUGUCUUUAUUUUACGCCAAACAAGAUCAACACAUGACCUUUUGAGGGGAAAAAAAAAAUUAAAACAUUAAAAAAAACGAGCUCCAUUCAUCAUUAACUAGCAAAAAAUCACUCCUGAGCCCCCUCCACUGCACCUUCCGUACCACCAGCAGCCUGGCCCGCAGCCUCCGCCUCUUGUUGUUCGGCCAAUCGCUGCUGCUCGGCCAAUUGUUGAGCUGCAAGAGCCUUGGCACCAUAGUCCUGGCUGAGCGGUUGUAAGACAGGCUGUUCCUCCUUGGGCUCGAUGAUGGUGACGGAAUCUGGAAGGGAUUUCUGGGGACCCGACUUCCCUUCGGGAUCGCUGCCGCGCAUGAUUUUGACUUUUAUGCCGAGCACACCUUGGCGGAGGAGGACGUGGCGGGUGGCACUGUCGAUGAAGUCGCGAACG